AUGGAUGAAGCAAUCGCCACUGUCGUCUCCGUUUGCGGGACAACACCAGAAUUGGCCUCCCAAUAUGUGCAGCUUGCCGAUGGCGAUCCUAAUCAAGCAGUCCAGCUAUUCUUCGAAAAUGGCGGUGCCGAUCUGGCAGGUAAUUCCUCGCAUCCUCCUCCUCCACCUGAACCGUCUUCCUCCAACGCCCGUAUACCUGGCGGACCGCUGAACCCCAUCGACGCCGAUGCCGAAGAUAAUAUCUCCGAUGACAAUGAUCCAGAAAUUACUGGGUUUCGGAAAGCUCCACAUAGGGACACUUCUUCGGGACCUUCAAGAGGCGCAGAAUAUGAGGAUGACGAGGCCAUGGCACGGCGAUUACAAAAUGAAAUGUACGGCGAAGGCGCCAUGGAUGAUAUUGUGCGGGCCCCCAUUGCCCGACAGGCAGAGACUUUGGUGGGACCAGGCUCAGCCGGCCCCCCAAUGUCCGCUGCUCAAUAUUCCUCAGCCGUGGAAGAACGAAUGCAAGCCAUUGAAAGAAGGAGACAGCAAGUACGGGCGGGAAUUUUCAACCAACAUCAGCCGACUUCCAUUUGGGACCAGGGACUGAGUGUCACCUCGAGUGGUCCGGAAGCCCUUGCAGAAUCCACUGGGGGAGCAUCAGAGGCUUCCGCGAGGUCGAAUCGACUUGCCAGGCUCUUUCAACCCCCCUGGGAUCUAAUGUACAAGGGAAAUUGGGAGGGCGCAAGAGACGAGGGUAAGGAACACAAGAAGUGGUUACUGGUAGACAUCCAGGACCCUUCAAUUUUCGACUGCCAGGCAUUGAAUCGGGAUAUAUGGAAGAACGAAGGCAUUGUGGAAACGGUCAAGGAGAAUUUCAUCUUUCUGCAAUACAACAGGGACGACCCGAGAGCCUCGCAGUAUAUCCAAUAUUAUUUCCCCAACUACGAAGUGCAAAACGAAUAUCCACAUGUCGCCAUUGUCGAUCCUCGAACGGGUGAACAAAUCAAGCUUUGGUCGCGCAAAAUGCCCCCACCACCUGAAUUUCUCAUGCAACUGCACGAAUUCCUGGACCGAUACAGCCUGGAGAACAACGUUCGGAAUCCGGUGGCCAAGCGCAAGUCUGAAGCCAAGAAAGAGAAACCCGUGGAUCAACUCACUGAGGAGGAGAUGCUGGAACGGGCGCUCCAGGCAAGUCUGGCCACGCAGACUCAGGAGCACAAGUCGGCCCCAGCAGAAGAUCCUGAUGAUCUCACACGGAGUGUUGGAGAUAUUCGAGCAGCAGGUCCGUCCGAGAGUGCCAGUGCAAUGGACGUCGACCAGAACGGCGCAGAGGACACAGCCGAGUCGACUGCAUUCGUACAAAUUCCGUCCGAUCGUCCUCACACAGAGCCACCUGCCGGACCAGGCGUGACACGAGUACAAAUUAGACAUCCCGGCGGCCGCAUCGUUCGUCGGUUUGCAGAACAAGACCCUGUGCAGCGGAUCUAUGAGUAUCUCAAGGCUGAGCCACUUGAGGGCAAAGAAGGAACGGCAUUCGAUCUCGUGUCAAUGGGCAAGAACCUCAUGGAUGUCCGACAUGAGUCGAUCGAAAGUGCAGGUCUGAAAAAUGGAACGGUCAUGGUGGAGUUCCUGGAGUAA